AGGCAUUUCCUUGACUCGCUGAUCCAACUUCGCGCUUUCGUUCGGAUACAUAAUAUUCAUUUUAUCCUUUAUUCGAGGAAUAUUGACAGUGAGGAGCUCGUUAGUGUUAAUCGAUAAAUGCAGUGCAAGUCGUCUUGUCAGUUUACCUUCAAAUUACGAUCUUUUAUUGCAGAAGUAUCGCGAUGGUCAGACGUAAAGGAGCGCCAAGAUCAACACAGUCGUCAGCUUCAUCAAUAUCGAGGUCAACCGCUGCACCUUCCAAGAAACAUGUUAGUCCUACAAGAACGUUGGUGAACCGUCGCACGAAGAGCGGCACUAAAGCGCUCCGAGAGAUCAAAUUCUUACAGAAAACGACAAAACUACUCCUUCCAAAGUUACCAUUUGCUAGAUUAGUUAGAGAAAUUAUGGUCGAUUUGUUCCCUCGUUUGGAAAUUAACAGAAUUCAAGCAAAAGCUCUCGAGGCACUUCAAGAGGCGUCAGAAAUGUAUUUGGUGCAAUUUUUCGAAGACGCAAUAUUACUGUCGCUCCAUGCCAAACGGGUAACACUGUUUCCAAUGGAUAUGCGAUUGGUGAGAAGAUUGAGGGGACGACAUGACAUUGUAAACAGAUAAAUAUAAUUUUAAUUCAAUAAGUACUUGACUCUGUAAAAUACACUUCAGUUUUAUUGAGAAUUAUUUCAUUGUUCGGUGCGUUAUUUCAUUAACUGAACAAAUGGUCAAAGCUAUGCUUAACUACAUUUUAGUAAUAAUUUUCAUGAAGUGUUU